AUGGAUCGGUCUGCAAGAGAACAAAAGAGAGUGAAGAUGGGGGCUCUCCUCUUCCGGCAGCAGCAGGAGCCGGCAUGGUUCGUCUCGCUCGCCGUCCUUGGCGCUCUGCACGUCGCUGCGGUCGCCUUCCGCAUCCUCUCCCACCUGCUCUUGCUGCUGCGCCGCCCCACUGACCUCUGCCACCGCUACGGCGCCUGGGCCGUGGUCACCGGCCCCACAUCCGGCAUGGGCCGCUCCGUCGCCCUCGACCUCGCCCGACGCGGCCUCAACCUCGUUCUCGUCGGCCGCGACCCUGCCAAGCUCCAGGACAUCUCCGACACCAUCUCUUGCACCUACGCCGUGCAAACCAAGACCGUCGUGGUCGACCUCGCCCUCAUCGCCACGCCUCAAGGUGAUGAGGCACUGCGGCUGCUCCGGCAUGCGGUGGCGGGGCUCGACAUCGGGGUGCUGGUAAACAACGCCGGCCUAGCGAAGCCCUGCGCGGUCUAUCUGCACGAGGCGGACGUGGAGGCCUGGGUGAGGAUGAUCAGCGUGAACCUGUGGGCGCUGACUGAGGUGACGGCGGCGGUGCUGCCGGGGAUGGUGGAGCGGGGCAGGGGUGCCAUCGUCAACAUCGGCUCUGGGACCACCCUGACCAUCACGUCGUUCCCGCUCUUUUCCAUCUACGCCGCGUCCAAACGGUACGUUACUCAGUUGUCCAGGAGCCUUCACGUUGAGUACAGGGGCAAAGGAAUUGAUGUACAAUGUCAGGUGCCGUUGUUCGUGGAGACCAACAUGACGUUGGGGGCGACAGCAUCCCGCAAGCGACGAAGCUUCUUGUCCCGGCUAAUCAUGCCGACAUCGGACGAGUAUGCCAGAGCGGCGGUGUGCUGGAUCGGGCAUGGCCCGCUCUGCAUGCCUAACCUAGGUCACCGGCUUGAGUGGUGCAUCUGCCAUGUUGUGCCCGACUGGAUGCUCGAUGAGUUGUGCCUCCGGCUGAACCUAUGGCACAGAGUUCGUUUCCAGCGCCUCAGGUCGAUGAGAGCAUCACGGACAAACGUCGUCAACGACGGAUGUCUGCCUUGCAAGCAAGUCUAA